UGAGCAGACUGCCACAAGAUGAAAACGGUGCUGAAGAGCUCUUUCAGAAAAUAUUCAAGAAUAUGGCUGGAGACACAGAGAUGUACAGGACACGAGUUCUACCUGCUUUGGAGAAUAUGCUCAAGUUACAUAAGAGUUGUUCCUACCAGAGACAUUUUAACCAGUGCUGUAGUGGACAGUACAGUCAAAGUAAACUGGGUAAACAAGGAAAAGGAGCAGUCAUCGUAGCUAGGGACACGAUAAGGAAAGCAUCCUACGGUAAACAGCAAGAUGUCUGGAAGAAGGGCAUGCGGGCGAGACGUUCAACGAAAGUAACAACCAAAAGGAUCUUGAGUCAACAUCUGGGGACACCUGAGGUAUACAUGUUCCUGAGACGUGUACUCAACAGUGUUAUACCAAAUGAACUUGUAGGAAAAGCCAACAAGAAAAAACUGGACAAAUGCAUCAAACCGUUCCUAAAACUUGGCAAAUAUGAUAAAUUUUCUGUGGCAGAGCUGAAGGUAAAGCAAAUGAAGGUUGAAAAUAUUUCCUGGCUGGCCAAUAUUGCCUCCAAAACUGAGCAGCUUCAUCUUCUAUCACAAGUGAUCGUUUGGAUUUUUGAGGAUUACAUCAUGGUGCUACUACAGUCAUUUCUGUACAUCACUGAGACAGCACAUCAUCGUAAUCGGUUACUGUAUUUCCGGAAGAGAGAUUGGUUGAGACUACAUAUGAGAGGCUUGGAUGCUUUGCUGAAAAAGAAGAUGUUAGUGCCAAUCACUCAGACAGAGGCUCUGAAGCAGUUAACAGAGGGCACUUCACUAGGGGUUGCCAGUUUGCGUUUCCUACCGAAGUUCAAAUCACUAAGGCCGGUCGUUAACCUUGGAAAGAGACCCCCAUCCGUGUGUAAACAGACUCUACCUAUCAACAAACAGCUGUUGAACCAGUUGAAUAUACUGAACUACCAUGUGGAGAGAAACCCAGCAAUAGUGGGAUCUGCCAUAUUUGGAAUGGAAAAGGUUUACCCCAUAUGGAAACAGUUUGCCUCACACUAUCAAGGACAGGAAAGUUGUAGGCCACUUUACUUUGCCAAAGUGGAUGUUGCUACCUGUUUUGAAGAUAUUAACCAGGAGAAAAUGUUUUCCAUCAUAAAAGACAUAAUUCAAAAGGAGGAAGACUACCAAAUUAGGAAAUAUGUGACUAUGCAUGUUUCGGGGGGUCAGGUGAAAAGGACUUUCCGAAGGAAAGCAUCAGCACUGUUGGAGUUCAACCCAAACUUCACAAACUUUGUUAAAGAGAGAGUAGAGAAGGAGAGUCUAACAAACAUUAUAUUUAUUGACCAGGUAACUUCCCAGUCUGAGAAGUCUUCAAACCUCUUACAACAGUUGAAGUCUCACCUGUCCAACAAUCUUAUAAAGGUAGGAAGAAGAUAUUAUCACCAGACAUCAGGAAUCAGUCAGGGCUCGAUCCUGUCCACCAUGCUGUGUAACAUUUAUUACGGGUGUUUAGAAAAGGAGUUGUUUCCCCCUUUGGAGAGGCAGGAACUUUUGAUGAGGAUUGUAGACGACUCUCUGUUUGUGACACCAUACAAGGAACGGGCCGUUGAUUUUCUCUCUCGUAUGUUCAAAGGGCUUCCUGAUUACAACCUCCAUGUGAAUCCUGAAAAAGUCCUGUUGAACUUCCCUCUGGAACAAAAGGACAUUGGAACCUUUCCAAUGACUCAUACAAAUUGGUUUCCCUGGUGUGGUAUGCUGUUCAACAGCGUCACUCUGCAGGCUGGUAUAGACUACUGCAGGUACGCUGGCAUCUCUGUUGUAGAUACCAUGAGCUUUGACCUUACCCUGAAUCCUCUGAUGACCUUGAAGAGCAAGCUCUUGAGUGCUUUGAAGCCUAAAAGUCAUGCUAUCUAUAUGGAUACAGAACUGAACACAGCCGAAAUCGUUGUAACCAAUAUCUUCAAGAUUUUUCUUCUGAAUGCACUGAAAUUUCACAGCUACCAGAGACGCCUUCCUCAUGAACUGCGUUCUACAUACCAGGGGACAUUCUUCAUAGAGUUACUCAUGGCCCUGGGUGGCUACUUCUAUCACCAGACUCUCGCUUAUCUCACCAAGAAGGAUUUACAGCCAGAUGUUUUUAAUGUAUCCAAGGAUGUAGUGAUGUGGAUCUGCUUGCAGGGCUUCUCAGUUGUUCUCAAGCAGAACACGAACGGCUGGCAAUACCAGACGUUCCGGAGAGUACUGAACCAGCAACAUGUGCUCGUCAAUGCCAGACUCGAGUCACAGGUGGGUGAUAACAGAGUUCUUGGUAUACUUUCGGCUUUCAUGCAGAUGACCUUUCUCAUUUGUCUUACCUUUCUUAUUUGUCUUUGCCUGUUGUUGAGUGUUCUUUAGAAAUUUCUAAAUGAGCAUUAAUGUUUGUUAA